AUGCGUCCGUCCAUCAUCUUCUUCGAUGAGAUCGACGGUCUGGCUCCGGUCCGAUCCAGCAGGCAGGACCAGAUCCACAGCUCCAUCGUGUCGACGCUCCUCGCUCUGAUGGACGGGCUCGACAGUCGAGGGGAGGUCGUCGUGAUCGGAGCCACAAACCGGCUCGACUCCAUCGACCCUGCGCUGCGGCGGCCCGGGCGCUUUGACCGCGAGUUCCUGUUCGGCCUUCCCGACAGAGAGGCUCGUAAAGACAUUCUGAAGAUCCACACUCGGCAGUGGAAACCUCCUCCGUCUGAAGACUUUCUCGAUGAACUGUCAGAAAAAUGUGUCGGUUACUGCGGCGCUGAUAUCAGGGCGGUGUGCACCGAGGCGGCAUUGUGCGCUCUGCGCCGACGCUACCCGCAGAUCUACGGCACGUCCCAGAAGCUCCUGCUGGACGUCUCCUCCAUCGCCGUCAGCAGCUGCGACUUUGCAGCAGCCCUGAAGAAGAUGUCGCCCACCUCGCACCGCUCUGCCGCCUCCCCGGCCAAACCGCUGUCCCCUGUGGUCCACCUGCUUCUAGGCGGCGCCCUGCAAGAAAUCCUCAAUGCCCUGCAGAGGAUGUUUCCACACGCUGAGGAGGGCAUGAAGAGGAAGAGGCGUUUCACCGUCCACAGCCUGGACUCAGCGGUGCUGUUUGGUGUCAGCAGCACCUCGCCAGAGGAAGCCUGUGCACAGGUGUUCUGUGAGGCCAAGCGGACGUCUCCCAGCAUCCUCUACAUACCGCACAUCCAGCAGUGGUGGGACACUGCGGGGCCGGCACUGAGGGCAUCCUUCCUCAGCCUGCUGGGCAGCAUCCCGUCCUUCUCCCCCAUCCUCCUCCUCGCCACCUGCAGCGUGUCCUUCCAGCAGCUGGACCCAGAGAUUCAGAGCCUGUUUCGGGAGGACUACGGGGAGGUCUACGUCCUCAGAGUUCCCACCCAGCAGGAGAGGACCAGCUUCUUCCAGGAUCUCAUUCUGAACCAGGCGGCCGAGGCCCCUCCCUCUAAGAGAAAAACAUUAUCUCAGGCAAUGGAAGUCCUCCCCCUAGCUCCACCGCCGCCUCCUCGCAAAAUGUCAGAGCAAGAGCACCUCCGCCUGGAGGAGCAGGAGGAGGACGUGCUGCGAGAACUCCGUCUCUUCCUGCGAAACAUCACCGAGCGCCUGUCUCUGGACCGCCGCUUCAAAGCCUUCACCAAACCGGUCGACAUCGAGGAGGUGAGAGUUUGAGAGAAAGACACGCCGA